AUGGGCCGCACACUCACAUACCCCAAGGGAGGCUCAAACACUGUCAAUAGAUACAAGCAUCGCGGACCCGUUCCCACCAUCCUGCCCAUGAUCGGCCAGAUGGGCUCCUUCGAGUACCCCUCUGCAGCGAUCGAUGAGCCACUCGAAUGCUACCUGCACGGCUACGUCAGUUCGCGCAUCAUGAACCUGGCGCGCAGCUCCGACAAGGGUCUGCCCAUCUGCAUCGCUGCGAGCAAGGUCGACGGGAUCGUUCUGUCUCUCACGCCGAACUCGCAUAGCUAUAACUACCGCUCGGCGAUCCUGCACGGAUACGCCAAUUUGGUGACGAGUGACGAGGAGAAGGUCUGGGCUAUGAAACUGAUUACCAACUCAGUUGUGGCGGAUCGGUGGGAUAAUUCGCGAGUGCCGCCGGAUAGUGCGGAGAUGUCCUCGACGGUGAUUCUGAAGGUGACUAUUGUGGAUGGGAGUGGGAAGAUACGUGACGGGGGUGUCUCUGAUGAGCGGAAAGAUAAGGACAAUGAAGAAGUUACAGGCCGCAUCUGGACUGGGGUUGUUCCCGUCUGGGAGACCUUUGGAGAACCUGUCCCCAGUGCGGAGAAUAAGGUUGCUGAUGUACCGGAACAUAUCAGGUCUUAUAUUGCGGACAAGAAUACGAAGAACCGCGCGUACGCUGAAGGCGCAGUGGGCACUGAGUUGCCCGCAGAGGAGCAGCAUUAG